AUGCUUUGGGUGCUCGUACUACUAUUUCUUCACGAUGCCUCCAACGCCCAGAGUCUAGCAAGUGAGCUAUUUGUAAUUUUUCUUUUAUUGAUAUUUCUUCUUCAGAUAGUUUUUUUGCGGAGGAAGGAACGCACCCAGGUUUCGUCACAAAAAUUAACAGAAAAGUUGGUUUCUCCUGCAAAUUUUUAACCGAUAUCGAGUUUUCUCGGUUAUUGAACAUAAACGAAAUUUUUUUUUCAAACUCAUUGAGGCUAAAAAAUAGCAACUAUUUUCAGAACGUUGACAUAUUUUAAGAAUAUGAAUUUGUCAAAAAUACUUAGUGGACCAUUAAUCGAUUGCUUCAUUAUUUUUGAGCGUUGUGCUAGCUGAAAACAUAAAAAAAAGGAGGAAUGAAUAAACCUGCGAAUCUUCAAUUACAUAUUCUCAGGCUUUCAAAAUAGUAGCCGAUCAGUUGCGGGACAGAGUCGUUCGUUUCGCUAACGUCGAUGGCUUGGAAUUCAAUAUCACAGCACCUCUUACCAAUCAGGUAUUUGCAAAUCUCCAAACUUUGAAUAACUUUUGAAUUUUUUAACAGGUGAGAUUCACUUUGCAGUCGUCCAGGGUACUUUUCUUUGAUGAGAAGGCUUUUGAGUCUUCUAUGCUCAUUAUCCCACAAAAAGGUCUUGCGUGGACGGUGAGGCUCCCAUUCGAAGUUUAUUUCGAAUUUCAACCAUUCAGGGAUCUAAUUUAAACUUCACACUACUUGCCAACUUCCAACUGUUGACCUCACAAGGAGAGAUUACUGGAAACGUUCCAUUGUCUUUUGAUCGGUGCUUUGUUUUUUUUUUCAUUCACCUUUUAACGAAUUUCGCUUCAGUACUAAUGUUGAGCUUUUGUUAUGGACCGGUGUGAAUAGCGACGGUCAUCUGAAAACAGAUCUUAUCACCUGCAAGGUAGUGAUUUUCCAUAUACUUUGAGUUGAAUUUAAUGGUCUUCAGGUGGCGGCCAAUGGCUUGCAACUUCAAUUUUCUCAAAACGACGCUGCUCUAUUGGCCAACUAUCUCCCGCACAUGCAAAAUUUUAUUCGUCAAACUAUUGAACAAGUUUUGAUGCUUUCCUCAACAUGAUCAUCCCUUCUAUCAGGUCAUCUGCCCUUCAUUCCACUCAGAACUGGUCCCAGUUCUUUCAAAUAGAUUGAUGAACACUCCACUCAGUGCUGCGCUCUUUGAGCAGUACUUCCUCAACUAUGCUUUACUAGGUUUGAGAUUUUUAAUUUAAACAAAGUAACGAAAAUUUUGAGGCCCUGUCGACUUUAGUGCUGACGCUAUCACGCUCAAGCAUCGCGGCAACGCGUUUGGCAUUUUGAGACAAGGUUAAAAAAGUAAAGUGAAAUGAAUUGAUUUUGUUUUCUUUCAGGACGAACUCGUUUGAACGACUUCCGCCUUCCAUACAGAAGCCCACGUAUGGAUGUUCCCAGCGGCGAUUCUGGUCACAUGGUUGAUUUUUAUCUUUCGAACUAUACUCUCAGCUCUUUGCUUUUCUGGAUGGAUCAAUACAGGUGACAAUUUUUCUUUUUUUUGCCGAACCCAUUUUUCAGGCGAUUUGACUACGAAAUCAGUCGUUCGGCACAGAACAACACUGCGCUUGCUGGUUAUUUGAAAACCGAAUGCUCUACAGGAGACAUUUGCGCUGGAACGCUUUUUCCUGGUAACUGCUUCUAAAAAAACAUUUUUUCGAAAUUCAUUGAAUUAUUUUCAGCCCAAUUUUACGAAGUUGUGGUCUUAAUUCUUUUUCAGCGCUUUCUUCAAGAUUCCCGGGAGGAGAAGUUGUCAUCAAGUCCCACACAGUUUCUUACCCGAAAUUGGUUCUCAAGAAGAACAACGCAACAGUUUACAUUGACAGCCGCGUCGACGCAUUUGUUCAGGUAGACAACAAGGUUUUCGAAUCUUAUAGCAUUCUCCAGCAAGGAGAACGGACAAGAAGAUUUUUGACAGCUUCUAUGAAUGCCGAGGUUAAAUUCGAUAAGGUCAACUUCAAAAACUUUGUGCUCCACGCCGAUAUGAGAAUCGAUAAAUUCAAAAUAUCUGAUGUAAGUUUUUUGUAACAUUUUUUUUUUCAAAAGUUGGUUUUCAGGUAGCUUCCUUAGUUGAUGGAAUUGAUGAGGGUUCUCUCGAGUUUUUAGUGAAUGCCUUGACUGAACUCAUCCUUAAUGAGGAUAUGGCUAAGAAGCUUCGUGGUGGUAAGUUUCGUGGUUUGAGUACGUUUCAAAGUGUCAAAAAUAUCCAUACAGUGUUAAGAGGAAACUUUGAAAGGUUUUCUAAUCUAAAAAAUGACAGUUUGACUCGUAGAAUCUUCAGUCCCUAGGAAAAACCAAAAAAUAAGGUUUUUUAAAUUUUCCCAGUGAAGUUUAAAAUUUUCCCACACUUUUUACCCCUUUUUUCAAAUUUAUUUGCGGAAAAUGAAAUAACCAGUUCAAAACCUGCUCCUUCCAAGGAACAAAUUUUGGGGUGAUAAAAAUUAUUGCAUAUAAUUAAAAGAGAGCCGGUAAAUCCGAGUGAUUGGCAAUAUAUACUUUUGCGAAACUUUGCAGCCGCUUCAGAAGUUUUUGUAACUCCAUUUCUCGAUUUUUGAAACAGAAUCUUAUAAAAAGUUUUCAUUUGAAACCGGGUUUUUUUCCAAUCAUGAAGAAAAACAUUCUCAGGUGUCCAACUGCCUAUUAUGUUCGACUACACGCAAAUGGGCAGCCAAGUCGAGUUUGAAGACGUUAGUUAUUCUUGUUUUGAACUUGACGUUUGCCUACUCAUCUUGCAGGAUUUAAUACACAUUUCGGCGGAUUUCUGCUCUGCCGAAAAGUGUACGACGACCGCCGACAGCAAGGAUAUGAACGUCGACUAUUACGACACGGUGCAGGGAUAA